UAUAAAACACCUGCCUGUUACUAUGGCUUUGCCUCAUUCUGUUCCACAAACUGCAUGAUGUUUACUUCCCGCUGCAUCACCCUGGCGCUGCUCAGCUUCCUCGCUGGGGCCAAUGCGUGUACACCUAAGUGCCCAGCAACAGUGAAGGUCUCCUAUACUACGGCGAAAUUAACCCAAACCAUCCCACAAGAUUACGGCGUAGAAUGCGUUUACAAUUUGAGCGGCGUGUCCUGUGAUUUUAACUCCGACGGCGGGCUUAUAGAUGGGGAUCCAGCUUGUCCGAAUAGUAUACCUAGCUGCUGAACGUUUUGUGAAGAGGUGGGGGACACCAACAGGAGGAGCAAUCGUCUGUAGACAUUCGGGUGCACGCCAGUACUUAGACACUAUCUAUUGCGAGAAUUGUUACAUAGUCUUAUCUUUCCUCGGCCAGUUGCAUCUAUCCCAAUCCCCAUUAUAAUCC